CGGUUGUUGUAGAUAAAGAUGGCGGACAGGUUGACACAACUUCAAGAUGCCGUUAAUUCCCUGGCGGAUCAGUUCUGCAACGCCAUCGGAGUUUUGCAGCAGUGCGCGCCGCCUGCGUCCUUCAGCAACAUUCAAACAGCAAUAAAUAAGGACCAGCCUUCAAAUCCAACAGAAGAAUACGCUCAGCUGUUUGCUGCACUGAUCGCACGGACAGCCAAGGAUGUGGAUGUGCUAAUUGAUUCACUGCCCAGUGAGGAAUCAACCGCAGCUUUGCAGGCGGCCAGCCUACGGCAGCUGGAGGAGGAGAACCAUGAGGCGGCGGCACGGCUGGAGGAGGUGGUGUACCGUGGGGACCUCCUGUUAGAGAAGAUCCAGAGCGCUCUGGCUGACAUUGCUCAGUCCCAGCUGCGCACCCGGAGUGGGGCCCCCAGCCAGGCUGCGCUGCCAGACUCCUGACACCAGGGGGCGGCAGUUGAUCUGACUGGCAGGGGAGCCAACCUCAUGUAAAUAGUUUCUGACCUGAACAGUGAUCCUGGAUCAGUUUUUACACUUAAUUGUUCGGGUAUAGUGUUAUUUAAACUGAUCAUUUGCUGGGAGUAGACUGUGCCAACAGCUGCCAAA